AUGCCAAGGCGAUAUAAAGUGCCAUGUGGUAAAUGGCUCAUUCCAACUGUUGGCUCGCUACUUUGUGUGCUUCUUUUGAAAGGUGUAUCAAAAGCGACUGGAUUCCGAUUUCUUGCUUGGACACUAUUGGGUCAAAUUAUUUAUUUCUCGUAUGGUUAUUGGCAUUCUAGAGCACGACUAUUAACAAGAAAUAGAUCAGCAAAUAGUAUGGUAGAUCUCCCAGUAAAUCUAGAAAAUAAUAUAGGAACCGACCCGCCAAAUGAAUUCGAAUUGGAUUUAGCCAGUGUACAUUCCGAAAAUGAAGGACAAACAACUGACCAUGCAGAUAUGGAUAAGGGAUCAUACUGA